AAUCAUUUUACAGUUCAACUGGAAAAGUUAUUUCCCUUCACGUUCAGAAAGUGACAUUUGGAUUACUUCCCUUUAAUUCAGAAACGCCAUUUACAACUUUUGAAGCUGCUUGCCAAUUGUUGCCAUGGAAACAGACUAUGAUGUUGUGAUAAUAGGUGGUGGUGUAUGUGGCUGUUCUGUGGUGUUCGAACUCAGUCGUAGAGGUUAUAGGUGUCUUCUGCUGGAGAAAAAUGACACAAUUGUAGCAGAAGCCAGUGCUGGUAACAGUGGAAUGUUACAUACUGGGUUUGAUGCAUUAGAGAAAAGUAUUGAGCUGGACUGUAUCAGGCGGUGUCAGUCUAAAAUAUUUGAACUGACAGAAAAACUUGGGGUACCAGUCAGAAAAAUUGGUGCUACUAUGGUAGCAUGGAAUGAACAGCAGCUGGCAAGGUUUCCAGACAUUGUAUCCAAAUGUUCUGCGGCAGGCUUUGAUGAUGUACGUCAAUUAAGUGUUUCCCAGCUCCAGCAGCGAGAGCCAUAUCUCAGCAACAAGGGGCUCGGUGCCCUCUGGAUACCUAGUGAGGCAGUCACAGAUCCCUGGCUACUUCCUGUUCUUCUGGCUCAUGAUGCUAGAAAGAAAGGCGCUCAGAUAAUUACAAAAGCGAGGGUAGAGUCCUGUCAGUGGAAUGGCUCUGUAUGGGAAAUACUCUCCACACAUGGAGGAUAUCGUGCCAAGUGUGUGGUCAACUGUGCUGGAUUAUAUGGUGAUAUAAUUGAUCGGCUGGCUGGAAAAUCUCAGUUCAGUAUAAGGCCAAGGAAAGGUCAGUAUACAAUAUACAGUCAGUCAGCACGCCCCCUGAUAAAUUCAAGUAUUGUACCAGUACCAACCAGUAUCGGAAAAGGAGUUAUUGUCUUUAAAUCAGUGUAUGAUAAUGUAGUUGUUGGCCCAACAGCCGAGAAUGUUGACAGCAGACAAAGAGCAACUAUAGAUGGUGAUAUCUGCAGGCGGCUUCAUUCUGUUGCUAGGGAUACUGUGCCUUUGCUCAACAAGCACAAUGUGGUGGGUCACUACACGGGUGUGAGACCUGCUACACAGUUUAAGGACUAUAUCAUCAAUGCUGAUCACGAAAGGAACUGGAUAACAGUUGGUGGAAUAAGAUCAACUGGUCUGUCAGCUUGCCUCGGUAUCUCGGAGAUAGUAAGGGAACUGGUUGAAACAAGGAUAGGACUGGAACCGUCACGAGGAGCUUGUCUUACAGUCUCCACACCGAGUGUCACAUUCACAAAGUAUGGAAGUGCCUUUAUAGAUGGACAAGAAUAUUGUGUGAAACAUCCGCUUACAUUUGUUGGAAAAACAAACUCAUUUUCUAAAAUGUAAAACUGCCAUUAUGUUAUGAUACUGAAGAAUAAAUGAGCUGCACCAUGAGAAAACCAACUUAGUAGGUUUGCGAUCAGCAUGGAUCCAGACCAGCCUGCGUGUCCGCACAGUCUGGUCAGGAUUCAUGCUGUUUGCUUUCAAAGCCUAUUGCAAUUGGAGAAACUGUUAGUGAACAGCAUGGAUCCUGAACAGACUGGGCAGAUGUGCAGGCUGGUCUGGAUCCAUGCUGGUCGCAAAUGUACUAUGUAGGUUUUCUCAUGGCACGGCUCAAAUUAUCACAGUCUAACAUUAGUCUCAUAUUAGCCUUCCUUCAAGUGCGGGAGGUCAUGGCUUUGAUCCCUGGCCGCGUCAUACCAAAGACAUGAAAAAUGGUACUAGUAACGACCUCGCUUGGUGCUCAGCAUUAAGAGGGUAGUGCUAGGACUGGUCAGCCCGGUGUCAGUAUAAUGUGACUGGGUGGAGUAUCAUGUCGCGCGUCUACGGUGUGAUAUUCCAGUGAGGCAGCACUAUAAAGUUAGGCAUUGUGCUCACUGCUACAAGAAGACACCGUCGUUUAUACGACUGAAAAAUUGUUGAAAGAGACGUUAAACCUGAAAACACACAUAUUAGCCUUCCAGGUCGUGUUUAUCGUGACGAGUUAUAAUCUGAUAUUUAACAGUUGCUAUCCUUGUAAUUAAAGCAAACAGUGAAAAAAUAUCAUUCUGACGUAAAUAUCCUAUUAUAUGAGCUCAAGUUACAUGUAAAUAUCAGUUUCAGAAUAUCUUGAGUACUUGUAGGGUAUGUAAUCGUGAAAAAAUUUCAUAGAGAUGUCUUCAAAGCUUUAUGGGCAGGAAAAUAGAUUUCAUUUUCACAGUGGAAACAUAGAAACAUGUUUUUUUUUCUCUAGGUUUCUGUUUUUGAACAAAAUUUGAUAUAUUUGCUAGUGGGAGAAAAUGCCAUGAUUGUAUAUCUGUUAAUUACUGAAGCUCGGGCACUUCUAAGAUUAAAAUUGACUUACUAAGGUCCUUUGAAAUUUUAUGCUACAGGUGUUGUAACACAUAGAAAAAGGUUUAAUUUUCAAGGCUGCCAAACUGUGCGAUAUAGAGAAGAGCACCUUUAACUAACUUACUGUUUUGCCAUAAAUUAAAAUUUUUCAUCAAAUAUCUAAGAAUUUUAAAAUUGAUUUUUUUUGGCCCUUUGAAAUUUUAAGUUAGUACAUGUAGGAAAAAUGAAAUUCAAUUUGAAAUAUGAACAUGAGCUGUCACUAUUGGUGACAAAUACCCCCAAAGCAUACCCAAGAAUGCUAUGGUUGUCUGCGCAAAAAAAAUCACACAUCAUUUCAUGACCUUGACCUUGACCCGGAUCAUAAGCGUGACACACCUCAGUAUGGUUAACAUUUGUCUCAAAUUAUUUUCAAAUCCCUUGAUAAAUGGCAGUUAUGGACCAGACAAGAAACACCUUUGACUUCUUAGUGUGACCUUGACCUUGGAGCUAGGGGUCUUGUCUUGCGCCUGACACAUCAUCUCAAUAUAGGGAACAUUUACGCCAAGUAAUUUUAAAAUCCCUUCAUCACCGGCAGAGUUAUAGACCAGACACAAAACAGACCCUGUUAACAUUUAACUUCUAAGUCUGACCUUGACCUUGGAGCUAGGGGUCUGGGUCUUGCCCAUGACAGUUAAUCUUAUAAUGGUAAACACUUAUGCCAAGUUUAAAAUCCCUUCAUGGAUGGCAGAGUUAUGGGCUGGACACGAAACAGACCCUAUUAACCUUUGACCUCUAAGUGUGUCCUUGACCUUGGAGCUAGGGGUCUGGAUCUUGUGCAUGACACGUCGUCUCAUUAUGGUGAACAUUUAUGCAGUUAUUUCAAAAUCCCUUUAUGGAUUGCAGAGUUACAGCCUGGACAAGAAUUUACACAGACGCACGCACGCCCGGACUCACGCAUGCACGGACAGAGAGUGCGAUUUUUUAGGCCACCUUUGGGGGCAUAAAAAUACUUAAAUAUUCUAUGUGCAAUUAAUUUUCCAUGUUCCUGUGUUCUAUUAGUUUUCAACACAAGGAAAUUUAGAUAAAGUUUUAAUACAUUUUCUCAUUCUUUUUGUAAUUACUUGAUGGAUUUGCUUCUAACUUAAACAAAUUAUUCAACAUCAUCACCAACAUCAUAUGGCACGAGGGCCAUAACUCUAAUAUUUUCCUGAUAUAUGACCCCUUUUCACUUAGAAUUCAGGGUUAAAAUUUUGAUGCAAUGUUACUCUAUCUGACCGUUAUUUAACGCAGUGGAUUUGAUUCAAAACUUAAAAUAGUUGUUCCUCAUCAUAUCCAGCUACAUAUUACUUGAGGGCCAUAACUCCUGCACCAAUAUUUCAUGAAUUAUGUCCCAUUUUUACUUAGAAUUUUUUAUUCAUUUUGAUGCAUUUUCACCAUGUUUUUGUUAUUGAUUCAGACUUAUAAUAAUUAUUCCACAUCUUCAUCAGUAUACUCUGGCACAAAUAUUUCAUGAAUUGUGCCCCAUUUUCACAUAGGAUUUCAGGUUAAAGUUUUGAUUCACUUUCACUUUGUCUCCUUUACUACUGAAUGAAUUUGAUUCAAACCUAAAAUAGUUGUUCCUCAUCAUCACCUACUAUCUCUGUUAUUACUUAAUAUAUUUGAGCCGCGCCAUGAGAAAACCAACAUAGUGGCUUUGCGAUCAGCAUGGAUCCAGACCAGCCUGCGCAUCCGCGCAGUCUGGUCAGGAUCCAUGCUGUUCGCUAACAGUUUCUCUAAUUGCAAUAGGCUUUGAAAGCACACAGCAUUGAUCCUGACCAGACUGUGCACAAAUGCAUGUUGGUUUUCUCAUGGCACAGCUCAUUUGACUUGGACUUUAUUUCAAACUUUAUCAUCCAUAUCAGAGUUAUUAAUCACUCUAGUGACAGCUCCAGUUUCCUCAGGUGUGCCCUAUUUCACUACCGAGCAUUGAAGUACUCGAGCGAGCUGUCUCAGUGGACAGCUGUUGUUGUCAUAGUGAUUGCCUCUUUAAGAAUUUUAUGCUUUGGCCAUUGACACGUGUUUUUUUUAGAUAUUGAUAAUAACUGCGGUUGUCUCUGCUACCUCAACAUAACAGUGUAAGGUUUCUUAUACAGAGGUCAUUAAUCUCAUUUCUGCCAGCUUGUCAAAACAGUGUCAGGUUUUCAUUGCAGAUGUCAUAAGUCUGAUCUCCCAUGCAAAUAUUCUGAAGAUGAUUUGAUUAUAGACAGUCAAAUCUUAUUCCUUCUCCAACCAAGUUUCAAGUUCUAACAAUCAAUCCAUGAUCAUUCAUUCCUUAUUUUGAAAUUUCGAAUUAUUAUUUAUUCAGAAAUGGAUUAAUAAUUAGAAUGAUAAAAUGAUUUUGUGAUGUUUUUCUUUUUUUAUGUAUGAUCAACAAGCACAAUAAAGACUGUUGCAUAAGUUUCA